AAGACUACAAAUUUAAGAUCUCAAUCUCUCUUUCCUAUUCUUUCCCUUAGUUGAUCCCAACAUUUUUUGUCUUUAAUUUUCAAUUUUCAUAAUUAAGCAACCAUUUGAAAGCAAAUUAACCGUGAUGGGUUUUGCGCAAACUUUUUUCAAAAAGAAAAGGGGGACCAACAAUAAUCCUGGAGAUGCAAAUUCUAGCCAUGAAAAUCCUUUAUUUGAACCUUUCUCAUCAUCAUUUCGCUCACAAAAUACAAAUAUUGAGGAGCUUGAACAUGUUUUUAAGAAAUUUGAUGUAAAUGGUGAUGGAAAGAUUUCUUCGUCGGAAUUAGGAUCUAUCAUGGGAAGCCUAGGCCAACAAGUGACCGAGGAAGACUUGCAAACAAUGAUCAAAGAAGUUGAUGCGGAUGGUGAUGGAUUCAUUGAUUUCAAUGAAUUUGUUACUCUUAAUACAAAAGGCAUAGAUUCAGAUGAAGUUCUAUUUAAUUUAAAGGAGGCAUUUUCUAUAUAUGAUGCCGACGGAAAUGGGAAAAUUACAGUUGAGGAGUUGCAAAUGGUGAUGAAGAGUUUAGGGGAUGAUUUUUCUCUAAGUGAGUGUAAAAGAAUGAUUAAUGGUGUUGAUAAAGAUGGAGAUGGAACCAUUAAUUUUGAGGAAUUCAAAGAUAUGAUGAUGAUGGGUGCACGUCUUAAUACAAUGACUAUAGAUUAGUACAUAUAAAAAAAAAAAAAGACAUCAAAUUAUUCACCUUUGAAAUAGAUCAGUUAGAUAAGAUAUAUGUUUUCUUGUAUUAGCCCUUAGU